UAGGAGCGCGCUAGUUGGUCAGUGGUGGGAUGGUGAAGGCAGAAGGGACAGGACUGGGGCAGAAAGAUGAGCGUGGCGGAAAGCGCACGCAGCUUUCUACUGAACAGCUCGCGGAGUUUUACAUGGGGAUAAACUGAGGGGGAAAGCGAGGGCGGAUCUGAGUCAUUUUAGAGUUUAAAUGACUGUGUUUUAAUGACUUUUUAACCUUAAUGCCAAACAGGAUUUUUUUCUUGCCUAAUGAAACGGAUUUUUAAUGAAAUAAACUUUUUUAUCUGCUAGUUUUCAUGUUUAGUCAGUGUUGUGCUCUGAUUUACUGACUGACUGAUCCGGGGAUCAUGCUUCAGAAUGGGAAGCCUAAAGAGGAGCAGAAGCCGGAGCCGGAACCGGAGCCUGAGCUCCAGAGCGAGGCGGACUCCGCUCAGAGCGAAGCCGCCAAACCGGCCGCGGACAGCGGCUCCACUCUUUUCCCCAUGCCGGUGGCCUCCGCCGGAUACCCCAAACUAGAAAUCAAGCGCAACGCGGUGACGGACGACUACAAAGUCUCGAGCCAGGUGCUGGGUUUGGGCAUCAACGGCAAAGUGCUGGAGUGUUUCAACAAGAAGACUGGAGAGAAGUGCGCUCUGAAGAUCCUGUACGACAGCCCGAAGGCCCGGCGCGAGGUGGAGCUGCACUGGCGGGUUUCAGGAGGGCCGUAUAUAGUGCGCAUCCUCAGCCUCUACGAAAACAUGUACCAUGGAAAAAAGUGUCUGCUCAUUAUCAUGGAAUGUAUGGAAGGAGGAGAACUCUUUAGUAGAAUUCAGGCAAGAGGUGACCAAGCCUUUACAGAAAGAGAGGGUUCUGAGAUCAUGCGGGACAUCGGCACAGCCAUUCAGUAUCUACACAACAUGAACAUCGCACACAGAGACAUCAAGCCAGAGAACCUGCUGUACAACAGUAAAGAUUCCAACGGCGUCCUCAAACUGACAGAUUUUGGCUUUGCUAAGGAAACGUCGUUGCACAAUCCUCUGCAGACGCCCUGCUACACUCCAUAUUACGUCGCCCCUGAAGUUCUGGGCCCUGAGAAGUACGACAUGUCGUGUGAUAUGUGGUCUCUGGGUGUGAUUAUGUACAUCCUGCUGUGCGGUUUCCCACCGUUUUACUCAAACACGGGCCAGGCCAUUUCUCCUGGAAUGAAGCGGCGGAUCCGAAUGGGCCAGUACGAGUUCCCAAACCCGGAGUGGGCUGAGGUGUCUGAAGAGGCCAAACAGUUGAUUAACCAGCUUCUGAAGACUGACCCUAAUGAGAGGAUGACCAUAACACAGUUCAUGAACCACCCCUGGAUCAAUCAAUCUAUGGUGGUCCCUCCAACCCCCCUGCACACCACGAGGGUCCUCACUGAGGAUAAAGAGAUGUGGGAUGAAGUGAAGGAGGAGAUGACAAGUGCUCUGGCCACCAUGCGUGUGGACUACGACCAGGUGAAGAUCAAGGACCUGGACACGUCCAGCAAUCCGCUGCUCAAUAAGAGACGGAAGAAAGCGGCGGCGGCCGGAGGGAAGAGCACGGUCUGUAACAGCCAGUGAGGAGCGCCGGAGCGGCGCAGAGACAACAGCUGAUUAAGGAUGGAUGGAUUAAUGAAUUAGUCAGAAGUAAAGAAGACAGAAAUGGAAAAUGAGGGAAAAUGCAGGAACAGAAUGAAGGACAGAUGGACGGAAGGACGGACGGACAGAUGAGUGAAGAAGGAGAAGUGAUGUGUGUAUCAGUGUGGAGGGGGACGCUGGUGUAAAGUUGCUGAGGGGGCACAGCAGCUGCGGCGGCUCCACCGGCUGCACUGAUCACUAGUGUUAGGACACACAGGAGCUCAGUGUGUGUGUGGUAGGGCUGCACGGUAAUGACGAAUAGAAUAUUGUGAUUUCAAUACAUCUUGCAAUAAUAAAAAACACACAGUUAAA